AUGUCUUCACGCGUCGCGAUCGUUACGGGGAGCGCUAGCGGCAUCGGGAAAGCUGUUGCCCUACAGCUCUCCGGGGACGGGUUUGAUGUCGUACUGAACGACUUGUCUACGAGCCAAACAGCCCUGGAUGCCGUUCUCAGAGAAAUCACCGACGCAGGAAGGAAGGCGAUCAUGGUCACCGGAGACGUUUCAGUCGAAGGGGACGUGUCCAACCUCGUAAACUCAGCCGUAGAUCAUUUCGGUGGCUUGGACGUGAUGGUCGCAAACGCUGGUGUGGAACUUCCGAAGUUGCUCGAAGACAGGGCUUGCUCGACCGCAGGAAAGAAAAACGCUCCGCGUAUGGGGGCGUACGGAUCGACGAAAUUUGCGAUUCGCGGGCUGACACAGGCAGCGGCGCAAGAGUACGGGGAACACGGACUCAUUGUGAACGCCUAUGCACCAGGGCCUACGAUUACGCCUCUACUAAACCGGGUAGCCGACAGUGUCGUCGAGGCGACCGGCGGGGAACAGAGAGCAUGGCUUGACUCCUUAGCGCCCUUCUCAGCCCUUCGUAGGAACGGCACGCCAGAGGAUAUCGCGCGAUUCGUUUCUUUCUUGGCGUCCGAGAAGGCGCGAUUUAUCACGGGUCAAACCAUCACCGUAGACGGCGGUACUUUCUUCGACUGA